CUCCAGAAUGUGAAAUACCACACAGCCGGAAUAACAUGACUGCAUGACUUUACUUCUCUUCUCCAAAAGGUGUUGCUCGUGACAGAGCCUCCUCUCAUGGGCCUCGGAGAUGGCAGGUAUCGGCUGUUGCACCUGAUGUCACGUCUCGUGUGUUGAUACUCUCUUGACAACCGCGGACCGGACACCUUUACACAGGGGGCCACCAUGCCCAUCACGCUGCUGUGGGCCGUGGAUGUGUACGGCAGGGUGUACAGCCUCUCCACGGCUGGGCAGCGCUGGGAGCGAGCUGAUGACCUGCUGCUGGAGCUGAAGCGUGUCACGGCGGGGAAGGGGCGCUGCUGGGGCAUCGGCUGUGACCACCAUGUUUACCUCAACAUGAUGCCCAGUGAGACCUCCAUCCGCUACCGGGAGGAGACCUAUGAAAACCAGAGGUGGAACCCGGUGGACAGCUUCACGGACACCCUGCUGCCCACCGACCGCUGGCCGUGGAGCGACGUGACCGGGUUGAACCCUCAACCGCUGCACAGCUUUGAGCUUCCCUCCCGCAGCUGGGAUUGGGAGGGAGACUGGUAUGUGGAUCAGAGCUGUGGAGAAACCAACCAGACUGGGGGCUGGGAGUACGCAGUGGACUUUCCUGCCAACUUCUCCCCGGACAAGAAGUGGAACUCUUGUGUUCGUCGCAGGCGGUGGAUCCGCUACAGGAGAUACACAGCGCAGGGCACCUGGGCAAAGAUCCCUAUGGACAACCCCGGGAAGCCGCCGCUGCCGCUCUGUGACAUAAGCUGCGGUGGUUGGGAGAUGAGUGACCAGUCUGGAAGGUAUCCCUACCUCUGGGGCGUGUCCCAACAGGGAGAGGUGUGGUUCAGGGAGGGCAUCCACCCUCGGGUCCCAGAGGGCUCCGGAUGGGAGGAGGUAGAAGUGCCCAAGGAGGUGGCUCAGAUAUCGGCCGGCCCCGGAGACCUGCUGUGGGCAUUACUGUGGGAUGGGAACCUGCUGGUCCGAACUGGCCUCAGCCUGGACAGCCCGAUUGGCACAUCGUGGGUGGAGGUGGAAUCACCAGGAAAGGAGGUUGAAGCGCUUCACGUGGCCGUUGGAGUCAGUGUGGUCUGGGUGCUCACUAAAGACUACAAGGUGUGGUUCAGGCGUGGCGUGAACUCCCACAACCCCUGUGGCUCCGGCUGGAUCAGCAUCGGAGGGGAGAUGAUGGUGGUGGACGUAGGACUCAAUGAACAGGUGUGGGCGGUGGGUGAGGACCGAGGCCUGUAUUUCAGAAUGGGUGUGACGUUGUCUGAACCAAGCGGGACCGGCUGGAUUCCUGUUUCUGCCCAAUGGGGGAAUAAUAAAGAGGUCAACCCACCCAGGAAGGAGUGUGAGUUUGGUGGCCCGCUGACUGAGGCCUCAAAAGGCUCCGUCCUGAGCUGCACGGACUCCGACUCAGAGUUGGGUCCUAAUGAUCCACAAAACAGCACUGCAGACACCCCAGUCCUGGAGGCAGCAGCUUCCUCUGUUGUCCCUUUAGGUGGAGCCGACUCCCCUACACCUCCCCUGAACACAGAGGAACCUCCAUCGGUCUCGCAACAGGAUGCCCCAAAAACAUUUAUCCCAGCAAGCGACAGCUUCAUCAACAGCCUGGUGUCGGACCGUGACAAAACCUCCACUCCCCAACCCGCCAUCGCAGAGCUACCGCAGGAAGAAGUCAAGGAAUCGUCCCCAGCUCCGAUACUCCCGACCCCGGAGACCGUAGGACACGACGUCCCCUGGAUGAAUGUGGAUUUGGAGGGAGCAGAAGCAGCUCGAUGUGCGGGGGCGGCGGGGCCCUCGUCGGGCGCCCGGGGGACUCUGGAGACCUCUCAGGGUGUUGGAGAAGAUGAUGCACCGGUGUGGACCUGGAUCUCCGGUGGAGGCUGCGAUGUGGACGCAAGUUCACAGAUCAGCUGGCUGAGUCCCACAGAGAUAAACUGUGCGUGUCGUCUCUAUGGUUGUCUGUCUGUCUGUCCGUCUAAAUGUCUGACUUGUCUGUCAGGUCCUCUCACCAGCUCCCUGUCACUGACUCCAGUCCAGUCAGCAGCCUGGAGCGAACAGCAGCAGCAGCAGCAGCAGCAGCAGGAGCACAGAGAGGAGAUCAGCAAGAAACCGCUGGAGAGAAGCCACUCGGUGUGGGUGCGUAAAGGUGCGUUGCGCUGGUGGAGAGACUGGAAGCCUCAGCGCUGGGUGGAUGUGGGUGUUGCUCUCGAGCAGUCCACCAAGUCUGACGGCAGGAAGGACAGCAUUUUCUUUGUCUACUACACACAGUAUGAUGAGAAAAAGUACCUUCAUGUGUUUAUACAUGAAGUGACAGCGCUGGUUCCGGUGUCCAUGGACUGCCACUAUGCCUUCGCUGUGUACACCACCCAAAGGACCAAACAGAGGUGGCCUCUGGUUCUGGCAGCACAAACUGAAAAGGACAUGAACGACUGGUUGUGCCUGUUGUCUGACUGUUGCUGUGAGUGCAGAGGGAUCACAGGACCCCCAUCCAGACAGGCCCUGUGGUCCACCACCUCAAAGGGAGACAUCGUGGUCCACGAGCCGUCCUUCACUCUGGAAGCCCAUGCACAGACACUGGCCUGUGACCUCAUGUUCUGGCGGCAGGUCCCGGGUCACCUGCGCUGCGUAGAGUCUAACAGUCUGGGGCUGGUGUGGGGCAUCGGGUGGGACGGCACCGCCUGGGUCUACAGCGGGCGCUAUGAGCAACAGCCCAACCCGGCAGAUGCAGUUCAGAUUCAGCAGCAGACUGAUGUGAGGAGUGUCCAUGUGUAUGAGAAUCAAAGGUGGAACCCGAUGACAGGAUAUGCAGACAAAGGACUUCCUACUGACCGCCCUAUGUGGAGUGAUGAGAGUGGACUUAAGGAGUGCACCAAAGGAAACACACACCCGCCCUCCCCUCAGUGGUCCUGGGUGUCAGAGUGGGCUGUGGACUGCAGCGUCCCUGGAGGAACAGACAAAGAAGGCUGGCAGUACGCUGCAGACUUCCCUACGACGUUUCAUGGCCACAAAACCAUGAAAGACUUUGUGAGGCGCAGAAGAUGGACGAGGAAGUGUAAAAUCAUAUUAAGAGGUCCAUGGCAGCAGGUCCCACCCAUCCAUCUGACCGACAUCUCUCUGAUGCCAUGCCUGGCCCAGAGCAGCAUGGAGCAGGUCCCCGUCUGGGCCCUCAGCGACAAGGGAGACGUCCUGUGUCGCCUGGGUGUUAGCACCCAAAAUCCUGCGGGCAGCUCCUGGCUGCACGUUGGCACAGACCAGCCCUUUAAGUCCAUCUCUAUCGGCGGAGCAAACCAGGUGUGGGCCAUCGCAAAGGACGGAGAGGUGUUCUACAGAGGGUCCGUCUCCCCACAAAACCCUGCAGGAGAAUGCUGGUACCACAUCCCGUCGCCCCCCAGGCAGACUCUCAGACAGCUGUCUGUCGGGAGGACCUCUGUCUUUGCUGUGGAUGAAAACAGUAACUUGUGGUUCAGACAGGGCCUCACCCCCAGCUACCCUCAGGGCUCAGCCUGGGAGCUCAUCUCUAACAACGUCACCAAGGUUUCUGUGGGACCGCUAGACCAGGUGUGGAUCGUAGCAGAGGGAGUUCCAGGCUUCCCGGCUGAGACUCCUGGAGCUGUCUGCCACAGACUGGGGGUGGGACCCAUGCAGCCCAAGGGCCAGUCCUGGGACUAUGGUAUAGGGGGCGGAUGGGAGCACGUCAGCGUGAGGGGGAACUCAGCAGAGGCUCCUCGCGCCCCCCAUCCUCCUCCUGUCGGACCCCCACGCAGCCCGCUGCCCCCACGGCCUCCCACACAAGUGAACGGGAACGCUGUGGGUGUGUAGCGCCGUCUCAGCCCCCACCUCCUCCUCCUCCUCCGCCCUGUUUGUGCCUGGAUCCACCUCUGUCUCCUCAGACCAUUCCCACGGGCCCUUAUUAUCCCUUCAUGGAAAGGGGAAGCACAGUCGUACCACUGAGCGAUGGAUGAAUGUUACUUCCUGGCUUGUUUUCCCGGGAAGAAGUCACGUCAGUACGCAGUGAUGACAAAACAGAAAAGGGAGCACAAGAGCUUUUAAUGGAUCUUGAUGUCUUGUGGGAUAAAAAAUGUAAAAGUGAGUGCAUGUGUUUGCUCUAAUUAGGCUUUGGGUGUUUUGGGAUCUAGCAAUAGCUAUUAUUCAUCUAUACCAUAUCCUGUGAAAACCUGAAAGGUGGGACUCUUUGAUAAAGGGCUAAGGCUUGGCUACUAAACUAACUAAACUAACUUCAAACACACGAUCCCACUGUAGCCUAAAUAGUCUCAGUUACUAGAAUCUUGUUUUGUUUUUGUUUGUUUUUGGCCUGUUAUACAUUUGCAUGUGGUUUCAAUUAUUUAUUUAUUUAUUAUGCAUUUGUUGAAUUUUGUUCCUCCAUAUGUUUUGACCUAUUAUAUGUUUGCAAUGGAGUGUUUUUAGCCCAUAUUGACAAACCUUCCAAAUAUUGAAGGCUUUUUCCAAAAAUCGUCAUACUUCACAAUGCGUUCUUAAUUACGGGCAAUUGCAGAGUAACACUAAAAAUCCAUUCGACAUCAAAACCUACAUCAUGACACGUCUCUAUCCUCCUGCAAUAAGGAAAGUUCUUCCUGUCAGUAUUAUAUCCAUCUACAUAACUGCGACUGUUGCAAUUCCACAGCAGCCCUGGAUGUCACCAUGCAUUGGCAUUAAUCUUCCGAGGGCAUUGAAAUGUGAAAUAAAAGUCUAAAAUAUACAAAUUUAUGUUUGGACAUAAUUUCAGUCUCUCAGGAAAACAAGUUGAUAGCAGUUUGAGGGGAAAGCAGACAGUUAUUCACCUGACUUGGAUGUUUUUUAUUUCAGUAAAUGGACUGCAAGGCUGAAAGUUUCAUUCAUAAAAACGGAACAUAAAACAGUUUUCUUAGGCAUCCAGCCAGAAUUCAACCAGGGACGUAGCAGUUAUAUUGUAUGAUCUUAAACACUUGGCUACUGAACGCCACACAGAACAGCCCAUUACUGACCCCUGGGAC